AUGUGGGCUAAUGUCUACGUCUGCGUUAGCGUCAUCGGCAGCGAGCCUUCGACCACGACGACCCAGGCACUCACCACCACCGGCAACGGCAUCGCCACGCCCUCGCCUACGCAGCCCGAGAUGAUCACCGACUGCAACAAGUUCUACUUUGUCAAGUCAGGUGACACCUGCGCCUCAAUUGCCUCAGCCAACAACCUCAGCCAGACGCAGUUCCGUAACUACAACCCCUCAGUCGGCACUGACUGCAAGGGCCUCUGGCUCGACGCCUACGUGUGCGUCGGACGCAUCGGCACCACCCCCACCCCGACCACCACUAUGCAGACGACCACGACGAAGGCUGGCAACGGUGUUACCACCCCCACGCCCACUCAAGACGGCAUGGUCACAAACUGUAACAAGUUCCAUUUCGUCAGCACAACAACCACCUGCCAGUCCAUCCUCGACACGUACAAAAUCACGCUUGCCCAGUUCACCAAGUGGAACCCUGGCGCUGGAAGCGGCUGCAACAGCCUCUGGGGCAACACGUAUGCCUGUGUGGGUGUCAUUAGUUAA